AUGAUCCGGAAGUAAACCCGAUUCGGCGCUUCAUGUGUUUAGGUUUUUAUUUGCUGAUUUGUGAAUUUUGAGAAAGUUUGAUUAGCGUCCAGUUGUUUUAGAUAGUCGACCACUCUUCACUGGGUAUAAUAGUGGUUACAAGAGUUUAAAUGACGAAAUGUUAAAACCAUUCUGUUUGAAAUGUUCUGUAUAAUAGUUUUUAUAUUGAGCAACAUACAGACUGCAGUAAGGGUUUGAGUCGGCACACUUCUGUUCACAAGCGAAUCUUUUACAUUUUUUUGUCAUCUGGAUUGACGAUGUACAGCGGUUUGCUUCCACCCGGUCUUGAAGUAUCCGAGUCAGACCUCAGCUCGGAUGAGGCAGCCGAGGAAAGCGCCGGGGCAGACGGUGAAGGCAAAGCCGUCGCAGAUCUAACUAGGACGGCCACAAGACAGGAUCAGGAGGAGUCCGGCGAACCGCUAGAUGAGUGCUGCCCACGGGGCGUCCCGCUCGGCAUGUGGCAAAAAUUCAAAGAGUUACAGACCAAAAAGUCUGAAAUGAAUGCCUUGAACUCUGUUAAAAGCAAGAGAAGACGACGGAAUCGUCAUCGGAAAGAAAUUGAGGCCUGCCCAGAAGUACAGAAUCAAAGACCGGAUAACAGUAAAUACCAGGCUGACUGUGAAACCCACUGGAAUGAGUUACAACAGUACUUUGGGGUAAAUGAUCGUUUUGAGAAUUUAGCUUCCAGCAAGUCUCUUCACAAGACAUGCCUAGAAAAGAACAUUGAGAAGGCCAUUGCUGAAGGGGACACUGUGAAAGCUGAAGAGCUGAGUGACAGAUUGGCCACUCGUGAGCUGGGUGUGAAAAUUGCCAAAGCUGCUGACUGCCGCGACUUUGUGAAAGAAAGGCAAGAAGCGGAGGAAUCUAGAGAAAAACGAAAACGGAAGAAGCAAAUUGCUUGGGGAUUUGAGGCUAAGAAGAGAUGGGAAACAAAAAGCAACAUGGGCUACAUGUGAUCGGGAAAUGAAGAAAGCCAAGGCAGCUCAAAAUGAAGUGGGCAGAGUAAGACACUCCAGCAGCAAAGUACACCAUCACAUAACACGACACGUUCUUAAGGAGUCAAAAGACAUUUUAUUGGAAAUGCACCGCUUGCGCGUGCAUGGCAGCCAUGGAUUAAAAGUGUUCCUGCUGCUAUAUUUUUAAUAGGCAAAUUAGUCAUGUCAGACAUUGUUUGAACAUCAGAGAAAUGAGCGUUUUAUACAGAUAUGUGUAACUGAUCAGCCGGAGCCAAAAAAAGACACAAAGGUUUCUUUCAUUCAUUUUUUUUUUCUUAUUCUGCACAGAGAAGAGUAAUCCUGUGCUGCUGCAGCAGAGUGUUGUGUAACUGCGAGGCUUUCUGUAUUUUAAUUUGAAUGUCAUUUAAGAAAGGAAAGCCUGGCUUCAUUUGUGUGUGUGUGUGUGUGUAAACGAUGCAAGGCUACGCCAAGUAAAUUCACGUGUGGCUCAAUUAUUAACAGUCCUGUGUAAUAUACAGUAUGUUUGUGUGUUUUUUUUUUUUGUUUUUUCUUCUUUUCAUCAAGUCUGCACAACUGAGAAAAGCUUCUGUCAGUGGCGGACAAAGCAAGUCGGCACAUGCCAGGUGAUGUGUGCUCUCCCCACCAUCGUUUUAUUUUGUAACUUUGCCGUGGUGAAUUAUUUCUUUUCUUCGAACUGUUCGACCUGCACACCGGGCCUUGUCUGCUGAAUGUGUUAUUUCGGCCAGCAUCUUACACUUGACCUGCUGGAGUCGUUCACACAUUGUAGUAUUUGUUUUUCUCUCACCAUUGCCAUCUUUUCUGUGCUAAGUUAGGGCAGCACUCUUAUUUCUGCCAGUAACAUUUCCAUUUCACAAUGAUUGAACUCUGGAGAAGGGUGCAUUUUCACAUGGUUUUCUUCCAGUCUAAAAUGGCACUAUUAAUUCUAAAUGGGCAAAUGAGUGCCAUGAUGAGUAACAUCCCUUUCUGUGCCUGUAGUUGCCAUGAUAAGCUGUGGCUUUGUUAAUAGCAAAGCAGACUCAAAAAAAUAGAUGGAAAUAUGGGUUAUAAGUGCUGAGGCAGCAGGACUGAGCCAUGUUUAUGUAUUAUGAAAGGAGCAGAGAGGCUCCAGGCCAAGAAAUCUGCUCUCCAGCAUCUGGCCGGUGUGGGCAGUCAUUAAGGGGGUACAGGAUUUCCUGUACCCCUAGUAGUCCUUGUUCACUCUUCAUUUUGACUGUCAAGGUGCAAAAUUAUCAUUCCUUACAAUGCAUUGUCUCGGCGCUUUGUGUUGUCGGAGAGAAGUCGGAUAGAUAGAUCGAUAGAUACUUUAUUAAUCCCAAGGGGAAAUUCACAUAAUCCAGCAGCAGCAUAC